UGCUGGCGCGUGCGCCUGGUGGGGUCCCGUGCUCUGCCGGCUCGCGCUCCUUCGCCGGCCCGCGGCGGGGAGGCAGCGUGAGUGAGAGGAUCCUCAGGAAGGCUGGGGUCCAGCGCAGGGCAGGGCCGCCGGGGUCGGAGCGGCUGCCUCCUCUGGAGGUUGACUCUUGGCACGCGCAUGGGCUCCCGGGACCGGCGGGGCGGGGAAGACAGCCCCUGUUAAUAGCUAGCAUUGAGAUUGCUUUGAAAGUGCUUUACAGAUACCGCAUUUAUCCUCACUCCCCACCCCCCGCGCCCCAGCUGAUCACCAUGAGUGAGUGGAUGAAGAAAAGCCCAUUAGAAUGGCAAGACUACGUAUAUAAAGAAGUCAGAGUGACAGCCAGUGAGAAGAAUGAAUAUAAAGGAUGGGUUUUAACAACAGACCCAGUCUCUGCCAAUAUCGUCCUUGUGAAUUUCCUCGAAGAUGGCACUGUGGCUGUGACUGGAGUCAUGGGACAUGCUGUGCAGACUGUUGAGACUUUGAAUGAAGACAAUCAGGAAGUGAGGGAGAAACUGAUGCAUAUGUUCAUGCCAGAAGAGAGUAAGGCCUACAACCCUGAGGACCUGGAAAAAAGGAAGAUCAGCUUGAAGUCCUGGCUGGAGAAGAAUCACAUCCCCAUCACUGAACAGGGAGAGUCACAAAGCACCCUCUGCGUUGCUGGGGUCCUGACCAUAGAGCCACCCUAUGGGCCUGAAGACUGCAGCAGUUCAAAUGAAAUUAUCUUGUCCAGAGUCCAAGAUCUUAUCCAGGGACAUCUUACAGCUUCUCAGUGAGACACCAAAACCUGUUGCUCAGCUUGCAGAAGGAAAGACUUCAUUUUUUUUCUCGGUAAAGCUUGUUGAGUUAAUUUUCUGGAGUUCUUUGAGUACAUUCUAUGCUUUUGAAAACUUUGGUGUUGCAAAUUAAUGCAGAGAUUCACUUGCCAGUGGUAUACUUUCUGUGUUUUGGAUACAGGAAAGCCAAGGAAGGGAGAGACUCACGGGCACAGGGAAACUCCUAUUCGUAAGACCUCUUUUUGUGAUGUGGAUCCAUGCUCCUCCUUUGUUAGCCAAGAGAUAAUGAGUGCUGGGGGAAAUGUGAUCUGAACCCACAGAAGAAAUUGUCACUGCAAAGCACAGUCUGUAAAUUCAUUUUUAGGAGGAGGAGAGGGAAACACUGUGAUCUGUGAUUUCAUGAGUAUAUGGAACUUCAUUUCACUGAUGUAAGAAGGGUACAUCUUCAAGUCUUAAGAAAAUUGCCUGCAGACUCAGUAGUUAAAUGACCAGCCAGGGUUCACAACUAAUACGUGUCAGAGGCAGGAUUUGAACCCAGGUCUUCCAAAUUCUAGGGUUGGCGCUCUGUCUGCUGUCAUGCUGCCUAAAAAAGUGCUUAUUCACAUUGAAUAUUAUUAGUAUUUUGGCCUUUUAUUGAUUAUCUAUAUUCUUAGCAUAAUGGCCAAAUUAGUUACAAGAUUUGAAUAUAUUUUUAGGUUGAAACGUCUCACGUUUGAUUGACCAUUAGGAAAAUCUUCUGUGCUUGACUCUUAUGAUUCUAGAAUUGUUUGGUGCCCUUAAAUUCUACAAUCAGAUUCAUUGGUUAAUAACAGCAGGGGAAAUUAUUCUUAAAGGAGAGUAAGAACUUGAAUCUAAGAAAAAAUAUCUGGAAGUUACAUUCUUUAUUAUCAGACUUUAUCAGGGUCUAAGCGAAGAUUGCUGGUAGGCAGUUCUGAUGGCUAACCCAGGGGGGGAUGGUAAGUAGGUUUUUAUGUUUGGAGAUUAGUAAACUGAAGACAUAAUUUCCUGGCCACUACUAAGUAGUUAGGUGGGUUAAAUAAUCUGCAAAUAAAACCUGAAGGCCCCAGGAUAAAUGAAUUGACUUUACCUUGGAAAGCUACUUGGCUAGAUAAUCAAGGUCAGGUCAGUGCUGGAAAUAGUUUCUUUGGGAUUAUUUUCACUUUACUCUCCCAUUUUCAAGUCUGUAGUGAAUCCUGGGAUCUUCCUUUUCCCCUAUUUUCUCCUACUUUCAAAAAGAACAUCUCAUAAAUAACCAGUGGCUGAUCUCAGCAUCCAAAGUUGUCUUUGAAUAUCCUUGCAUUGGGAGAGAGUGUUGAAUGACCUCCAGAACAUCUUCUAAGUCAGAGAUGAUAUGAUUCAUACAAAAAGAAAAUCUUUAUUCAUUCCUAUAUCCAUCCCUUCUCUCCAGUGAUUCAUUCUUUCUGUGACUUCUUUAGACCAGUGAUUUUCAACUCAAGUUUUGACAAGGUCUCUGAUUUUCUGUUGUUCCUCCAAAAAGCUAUGUAUUUUUAAAAAUGAAAAUGAAUUAAAAUUUAUUUUGUUUUAAAAAUUUU